AUGGGUGGUGAUGUGGGUCAACCGCAGCCGCUAAGCACCACUGGCGUCCUGAGUGCGUCCUCCACCACUUCCAACAGGUCGAGGAAUAGGGCUCGCUACCGGACCAAAGCCGUGAGCUCCGAGGUGGAUGAGAGCCUCUUUGGAGGGGUCAAGGUAACCCCUCAGGCCCAGAGCGACAGCCCCAUUGUGGUCCUCCGAGAUAAGCAUGCCAUUCGGAAAACCCUCACUGCCCUGGGCUUGGAAAACAAGCCGGAGACCAUCCAGCUCAUCACCCGGGACAUGGUCCGGGAACUCAUUGUUCCCGCCAAGGAUCCCUCUGGGGAGUCCCUCAUCAUGAGCCCUGAGGAGUUUGAACGCGUCAAAUGGGCAUCCCACGUGCUGACCAGAGAAGAGCUCGAGGCCAGGGAGCAGGCCUUCAAGAAGGAGAAGAAGGCCAUCGUGGAUGCGGUGACCAAGCGCAAGAAGAUCAUGAAGCAGAAGGAAAUGGUGUGGAGAAACAACAAGAAGCUCAGCGACCUAGAGGAGGUGGCCAAGGAGAGGGCCCAGAACCUCCUGCAGAGAGCCAACACCUUGCGCAUGCAGCAGGAGGAGCAGCUCAAGGACAUGAGCAAGAUCAUCCUCAAUGCCAAGUGCCAUGCCAUCCGGGAUGCCCAAAUCCUGGAGAAGCAGCUGAUUCAAAGAGAAUUGGAUGCAGAGGAAAAGCGGUUGGAUCAGAUGAUGGAGGUGGAACGACAGAGAUCCAUUCAAAGGCAGGAGGAGCUGGAUAGGAAGAGGAGGGAGGAAAGAAUCAGAGGAAGACAGCACAUUGUGGAACAGAUGGAAAAGAACCAGGAGGAGCGGUCGCUGCUUGCCGAGCAGCGGGAGCAGGAGAGGGACCAGAUGCUGGAGUACAUGAAACAGCUCCAGGAGGAGGAUCUAAGGGACAUGGAACGGAGGCACCAGCAAAAACUAAAGAUGCAAGCUGAGAUUAAGCGCAUUAAUGACGAGAACCAGAAACAGAAGGCAGAGCUGCUGGCUCAGGAGAAACUGGCAGACCAGAUGGUGACGGAGUUCACCAAGAAGAAGAUGGCUCGAGAAGCAGAGUUUGAGGCUGAGCAGGAGAGAAUACGGAGGGAGAAAGAGAAGGAGAUCGCCCGUCUGAGGGCCAUGCAGGAGAAGGCCCAGGAUUACCAGGCAGAGCAGGACGCCUUGCGGGCCAAGCGCAACCAGGAGGUUGCAGACAGGGAGUGGCGCAGAAAGGAAAAGGAAAAUGCGCAGAAGAAGGUGGAGACAGAAGCCAAACUGCGCAAAAGCCGGUUGGAGCAGGUGGCUUUCAAGGAGCACACUCUGGCCGUUCAGGUGCAACGGGACCGGGAUGAGUUCGAGAGGAUUCUUCGGGCUCAGAGAGAGCAGAUUGAGAAGGAGCGGCUGGAGGAGGAGAAAAAGGCCACCGAGCGCUUACGGCAUGCCAACGAGCUCAGGCGCCAGGUACGUGAGAACCAGCAGAGGCAGGUGCAGGACCGCAUUGCCACCUUCGAGGAGGGCCAGCGCCUCAAAGAGGAGGCCCAGAAGCGGCGUGAGCGCAUUGAUGACAUCAAGAAGAGAAAGAUUGAAGAGCUGAGAGCCACCGGCCUUCCUGAGAAGUACUGCAUUGAAGCGGAGCGCAAAGCUAACAUCCAGCCAGCCGCCUCUGUGAAAUGA